AUGUCUUCUCCAUUGAGUCAUCCUGCAAUUGAUAAUAACAACUGGUUCCACGAGAUAUCCCCUCAAUGGCCAGGUCAAGCACUCUCCCUUAAAGUAAAUAAAAUUCUGCACGUUGAGAAGUCCCAAUUCCAAGAUGUUUUGGUUUUUGAAUCUCAAUCCUACGGCAAUGUUCUUGUCCUCGACGGUGCUGUUCAAUGCACUGAGCGUGACGAAUUUUCAUAUCAAGAGAUGAUCACCCAUCUCCCAAUGGCCUCACAUCCAAACCCACAGAGAGUUUUGGUUAUUGGUGGUGGUGAUGGUGGUGUUCUCCGUGAAGUCGUCAAACAUCCUCAAGUGCAGGAGGCUGUUUUAUGCGACAUCGACGAAGCUGUCCCGAGAGUUUCAAAGGCUUAUCUCCCACACAUGGCUCAAGCUUUAAACCACGAAAAGGUCACCGUCUUUAUCGGCGAUGGCUUCAAAUUCCUCCAGGAUAAGAAGAAUUACUUUGAUGUGAUCAUCACCGAUUCCUCCGACCCUGAAGGUCCUGCUGCUGCUUUAUUUGAGAAGGCCUUCUUUGAACUCCUCAAGAAUGCCCUUAGAGAAGGUGGUCACAUUUCCACUCAGGGUGAAUGUAUCUGGUUACACCUUCCUCUCAUUAAAUCUCUUAGACUCGCUACAAGAGAACUUUUCGCAACUGCUGAGUACGCUUAUACUACCAUCCCCACCUACCCAUCUGGUCAGAUUGGUUUCAUCGUCUGCUCAAAGGAUGGCUCUCGUAACCUCCGCAAGCCAUUGAGAGAGGUGCCUGACUGCAAGUACUACAACUCAAAGAUCCACCAGUGCGCUUUCCAAUUGCCUCAGUUUGCUGAUUCUGCACUCAACGACAGUCGUUACGUAGCUCCAAAUGUCGCUAAAGCUGAGGGUGAGGCUAAAAAGGUUCUUCUCCUUGGUUCUGGUUUCGUUGCUCUCCCAGCCGUUGAGUAUUUACUCCGCGAUGCACGUAACCACCUCACUAUCGGUUGUCGUACCUUGCAAACUGCACAACAGAUGGCUAUCGGUUUAGACAGAGCUACUGCUGUUUCUAUUGACGUGGGUAAUGAGAAAGCACUCGAUGAGCUCGUUGCGCAAUUUGACGUUGUCGUCUCACUUAUCCCAUACACUUUCCACGCCAAUGUCAUCAAAUCUGCCAUCAAGGGCAAGACACAUGUUGUCACUACCUCCUACGUUAGCCCCGCCAUGAAGGAACUCGAGGGUGAUGCUAAGAAGGCCGGUAUUACAGUUAUGAAUGAGAUUGGUCUCGAUCCCGGUCUCGAUCAUCUUUACGCUGUAAAGAUGUUCGAUGAGGUACAUGCACAUGGUGGUAAGAUAGACACAUUCCUGUCGUACUGUGGAGGUUUGCCUGCACCGGAAUCUGCCGACAAUCCACUCGGUUACAAGUUCAGCUGGUCUAGCAGAGGAGUAUUGUUAGCUCUCCGCAACACAGCCAAGUUCUACCAUGAGGGUGCUGCUAAAGAGGUAGCUGGACCUGAGUUGAUGGCUACUGCACAACCAUACUACAUUUCUCCUGCCUUCGCAUUCGUCGCUUACCCUAACCGUGACUCGACGCCAUUCCGCGAUUUCUACAGUAUCCCUGAAUGUAACAAUCUCGUCAGGGGUACAUUGCGCUACCAGGGAUUCCCAGAGUUCAUCAAUGCUUUAGUCAAGUUAGGAUUUUUGGAUGACUCACCAAGGGAAUAUGCUGGAGUGAGUGCGCCAUGGAACACAGUAACCGCAAAGGCAUUGGGAGUGUCAGAUGAUUCAGAAGACACACUCUGUCGCGCUAUCGUUGAUAAGGUCGGAUUCCCAAGCAAGAGCGAGGAAGAACGUAUCCUCUCAGGAUUGCGCUGGAUAGGUCUCUUCAGUACGGAGAUGACCACACCACGUGGCAACCUCCUCGACACACUGUGCGCAACGCUCGAAAAGAAGAUGCAAUACGAGCAGGGUGAGAGAGAUAUGGUUAUGCUCCAGCAUAAAUUCGGUAUCGUUUGGGCUGAUGGACGUAAGGAGACACGCACUUCUACCCUCCUCGAUUACGGUACGCCAGGCGGUUACACUGCUAUGGCAAAGCUCGUUGGUGUGCCUUGCGGUGUGGCCACGCAGCUUGUCCUCGAUGGCACCCUCAAGGAUAGAGGUAUCGUCGCACCUUACUCAGCUCAUAUCAACAAACCUAUUAUGGAGAAGCUUGAGUUGGAGGGAAUUAAGUUGGUUGAGAGGACUGUAUAG